GAGUUUUCUGCGACAGAGGCGAGAGAAAAGUCACGGAGGCGAGUGGAAAAAUUACCCGAUUUUCCCAAGAAUGUGCAGCCGGGGAAAAAUCGAGCUAUCGGAGCCGUGCAUUGCUAAGCGGAAAGCUUGCGAAGUAGCCGAAAAAGCUCAGGCUCAAAAGCUCCAAGUGCAUUUAGCGCAAAAACUUGGCAAGCUGCACCUACCAUGGAUGCCACAAAAUGGCGGCGCUGUCUUCGGAAUGCCGAUAAAUCAAAGCACUCUGUGGGCCUAAUUUGAAAAAUUGGUAAGAGCGGAGAGCUGGACGCAGAGCAAGGCGGCAUGGCAGCGAGGCAGCAAGUGCCGCCAAAUGGGGAGCGGCAUUUCAUCAGAGGGAAUUAAUCAGAGCAGAUGAAGCAGCGACAACCGAAAAAUAACGACGCGGCAUCUCCCAAAGAGCCCGCCGCCUGUUAUCUCCUCAAUCUCAAUCUUUCAGUGCGUGUCCGGCGUUCUUUCAGAUGCAUCCCAUUUACAGGCGAGUGUCGCAGUGUGUGCCAGUGUGUGUGUGUCUGGCGCUUGGUGGCACAGCAGCGGAAUGUCACUGUUGGCAAGUAAGUAUCCCAAACAGUCCAGUUGAGGGACCCUCUUCAGCGCCUUUGGCGGCGGAUGCUGUGGCGGCUGCGGCGGCUGUGGCAGGGGUAUAUAUCCCAAAGCAUCCAUCAAACCCGCGACCGUUCAUGUCAAAUUAUAAAUUCUUAACAAAAAAAUUUAAAUCUAAUUUUGCCUCGGGCGCGGGUCUAUAUUCAAAAUACAUAAUGGAUUUUACUUUGGCCCUGACAAACACUAAUGCCUACCCCAAGAUACUUAACGACACGAAAGGCACAUGCCUGGGUAACCUGAGACACCGCACGGCCGGCGAAGCGAGGUUUCCGCCGAGGCGUUCCAUCUUUAUGGAUGUGGACGAUGUCCGGUGCGGUGACGUUUAUGAAAAGCCAUCGCAGCAUCAAAGCCAAUUAAGAUACUGUGGGGCACAUACAAGCUCUAAAGGAAUACGCGGCUAAUUUCUGCGACAAAGCCGACAAACGAUCCGGACGAUGGGAGUCUGGAAAGGUGGAGGAGAAGCGGCACUUUUGUCGCAAACACAGGCCGUAAAAUUAAGAACUCUGAUUGGUAACAAAUGUUUUUGUUCAUUCGAGUGAUAAAAACGUAGCGAACCGAAAAGAUAUAAAAUUCUCUUUAGUGUCUUUCCCAGUGCGGCGAUGAUAAAAUAUUUAAAUGAGCGCCGAAUGGGAAGGUGCUCCACCUCACUCCACAAUACUCCACUCUACCAGUUCACUUCACUCCACUCCUUUUUGGACAUUUAGAAAAUCAGAGAGCGAGUGGUGGACCCAAAACCUUAAUGGCCGCGUGCACGCACUGGGCACUGGGGCUUAAAUCUGGUAUCUGGAUAUGGCCAACAAGUCAACAAGCCGAAACAGUGGGCUUAAACACGACCAAGGGCAAAAGUGUGAAACACCGACUGGGCGUAACGCCAAUAGCCAUCGUCGAUAACCACUGUGUCUCCGAGUAAGUCGGUCGGCUGUCAUGAUUAAAUAAAAGUCCAAUGCAAACGGGCCAGCUAGGAUAUUAAAUUACAGCCAUAACUGCUUGGGGACUGACGGUGAAGGUGAAACUAAAAAGGAAAAGGCAAAGGUAAAGGCAUUGCCGGCAGGACCUGGACUCAGCUCAGACACAUACACAGUGACAUCGACCGAACCGGACCGGACCAAGCCCCAAAAGGAAUCGAAUCAGAAACGGCCACGACAAAAUCAUAAAAGGCAUAAACAGUUGUAAAGACCCAAACCACAAAGGGCGUAGAAUCAAAAUUGAGCACUAAAAUGUUAUCGAGGUCGGCACAGAUUAACUAGCCCUUUUGCUGUUGACUCGACGACAGGAGACAGAGGACGCCAGACGGACGACGGGCAGGUAGUUCAUUCUGAAAUAUCGAGUGUAUCUUAAAGAUACUUGUGCGACAUUGCGAUCAUUACGCUGUGUAACAGAUACCCAGAGGCAGGGGCUUGUUCCUCGGACACGACAGGUUGACCUGACCGGUCCUGUGUAAUCUCUGCCUGUUCGGGGCAAUUAUAACCAUAUACAGAAUCGCAGCUCCAUCCCCCGCUGACAACGACGACCCACAACCGAGCUAUUGUCCCGAAAAGACUAAAAAAAAUUGUCAUUCACAACUGUCUCGCCGAUAAGAAGCAAUUAUCAAAAAGCGGUAAAGGACAGCGAGCAGAGAUCACGUUGAAUGGCGCCAGUUUCACAAUGAAUCUCCGUGGUAACGUUAAGAUUUCGUCAUGGCUGUUUAAGAUGUAGGUUACAUAAAAAUAUUUAUGGGUUAUGUACCUUUUACCCCUAGUCCAGAGAUCAAGUAUUGUGGGUAUAGGACUUAAAAACAGGUAAAUGUAAUGUGAUCUUAGUACUAAGUUCCCCUUGUUCAAGGGUUUAAUCUGGAGUGUGGAUUCCUAAUCCCAAAAGUAUGCUAGUAUAUUGUCAAGACCAUUCUAUUGUAAUGUUAAUCAAAUUAAAGAAACGGAAUAAAACACCAUUCGCCCUUUUCAACCCCCAAUUGAGGAUAUCACUGAUUGUGGGGAGUGUCCAAGUCGACACUCGUCCAAAUGGCAGCUCUUCAAGGAAGAUAAUUUACCCCACGUGUCGGGGAUUACAUAUUAACUACGGCACUGUUCUCAUUUCGGGGGCGUGACACUACAAGCGGCUGCUCUUAAUCUUUAUCUUUUUGGAUAGAUAUUUAUGCUAUCAUUUAAGAAAGAGUGUUUGAACAUUUGUUCGUCAAGAAGGAGCUUAUCAAAAUGAACACAGGAUGGAAGCUAAUAUUAGGAUUCGGAGAAGGUCCCCAGGGAAGACAAUAUCUUUGGCAAUUAUAUUCCCAUACUUGAACGGAAUACCUUUAUUAGGAUUCGUGGAUUGCUUGUACACAAAUUUGCAUCAAAAUCUAAUAACAUCAUUUAUUUUUUUGGUUUUUUGUAAAAUUGGAUUCCAACGAAAUCUACAAAAGAGCAUGGAGCCUGUGUAUGGCCCCUGGCGAUGGGUAUAGGUUGGACAUUUUCCCUCCGAUUCUUAUGCGGAAUAGCUUAAACGAUUUGUGGAUCGAUUCUUCAUCAUUCUGCAUCAAAAUCUCAGAACGAAAUAUUUUUUAGAUUUUUUGUUAAAUUUUCUGGGGGUCCCCAUCAAAAACCACGCACAGUGCGUGAAGCCACUAUAUGGCCCCUAGCUAUGGCUAUA